AUGUCCUUAAGCAAGUUUCACGGUGGCUCCUCCUCCUCUUCUGCCACGGCCUGCGCUGCUUGUAAAUACCAAAGGAAAAAGUGCACCAAAAACUGUACUCUCGCUCGUUAUUUCCCACAAGAAAGACAAAAUCACUUUGUAAACUCCCAUAAAGUGUUUGGAGUGAGUAACAUUACGAAAUUUAUCAAAGGAGUUGACGAAUGUUAUCGUGACUUGGCUAUGAGUAAUCUCAUCUUCCAUGCCAAUGCUCGUGCUCGAGAUCCGGUUUGGGGAGUUUGCAAGAUCAUUAUUGAUCUCAAGCACAAGAUUGCUUGUACUCAGGCUGAACUUAACUUAGUUAAUCAACAGAAGCUUGCUAUGUGUCAAACUAUAGCUCUCCAACAGCAAUUUGGCUGCUAUUCGUAUGGAGAUUUACUAGAACAAGAAGAGGAGUACGUUAAUAUCGAUGGUCAUGUUCAUCAAAACCAGCCACAACAUCAAGAGAUGACUCAGAAACUGAGUCCUUUGAACUACGAGAUGUUUAAAGACAUGCCUAUGAAGAAGGAGAGAAUCGCUGAUGGAGAACACAAGAAUCUCGUGAACCAGAUGACUAUGUCCAUGUCGCAUAUGAUUCAAGAAUUUUAA